CAGCUGCAUCUAAUGGAGCGCGAAUGGAGACGCACUGGAACAUAAACCUUUGCUUCUGAAACUGAGUCAAGAUGCAGCAGCAGCGACACACAGACCUGCACUAGGUCUUAAAAGCAAAGUUUCACGUUCAUCUUAAAGUGGAGAAAGAAAUCAUGAACUUAUCAGAGCCCGUUUGGCUCUCAGAUGAGCCACGGAACAUCAGCAGAGCGGAGGAAGAGGACCAGAAACUUUUCGGGAUCGAAACGGAUAACCUCAUCACGCUGCUGGUUUUCGGGCUCAUCUUUACGCUCGGCGUCCUGGGUAACUCCAUGGUGAUCACCGUGCUAGCCCGGAGCAAACCCGGGAAACCACGGAGCACCACAAACAUCUUUAUCCUCAACCUGAGCAUAGCUGACCUCUCCUACCUGCUCUUUUGCAUCCCCUUUCAGUCCACCGUCUAUAUGAUGCCGACCUGGGUCCUGGGCGCUUUUAUCUGCAAAUUCAUCCACUACUUUUUCACUGUAUCUAUGCUGGUGAGCAUCUUCACCCUGUCUGCCAUGUCCGUGGACCGGUACAUCGCCAUCGUGCACUCCAGGAAGUCCUCCUCUAUCCGGGUAGCGAGGCACGCUCUGAUCGGAGUGGUGGUGAUUUGGAUUCUGUCCCUUGCCAUGGCUGCGCCCAUCAUGUAUUACCAGAACAUCUUUCACAGCAGAGAUAAUCUCACCUACUGCUGGGAAUUGUGGCCGGAUCAGAACCAGAAGAAGGUCUAUGUCGUUUGUACGUUUGUUUUUGGGUAUGUGUUGCCCCUGCUGCUGAUUACCUUCUGCUAUGCAAAGGUUUUAAAUCACUUACACAAAAAACUAAGAAAUAUGUCCAAAAAGUCAGAGGCAUCCAAGAGAAAGACUGCGCAGACGGUCCUGGUGGUGGUGGUGGUCUUCUGCCUAUCUUGGCUCCCCCAUCACGUCGUUCACCUCUGGGUGGAGUUCGGGACCUUCCCUCUGAACCAGGCCUCCUUCGUGUUACGGGUGGCGGCCCACUGCCUUGCAUACAGCAACUCAUCUGUCAACCCGGUCAUCUAUGCCUUUCUGUCGGAGAACUUCAGGAAGGCUUACAAGCAGGUGUUCAAAUGCCAGAUUGGUACCAGUGGCUCACCUCUGAACGAGAUCAAGGAGAUCCGAAGCAAAGCGGACACGCCGCCUUCUACCAACUGCACCAAUGUCUGAAUGGUUACAAGUGGAUGGUGACACAAAAACUAACUAUGGUGACCGUCACACAAUGAUUAAAAUGACUUCACUGUGACUGAAGCAUCAGACUUGUGUGUCUAUGUGGAUAUUGUUUCUUUAUGUUUGCUGGGAUAUUGCUCUGCAGCUGAACUGUUCAUUGCGCUGUUCAUUGAAUGCAGA